CAAUUGUUCUUCCCCUCCAUUCCGCCGCUCCCCACCAACUCGAAGCCUCCAGGCGCACGCCACAAUCCCACGCGAGCAAAUCGCGCCUCCUCCCCGCCCCCCUUCCACCGCCGGGCGAGCAGCAGGCGAGGAGGGGCCGCCGGAGAUGGCGCCGGCGCCGGCGGACGGCGGGGCGGAGUCGCAGCGGCAGGCGGACCGGCUCAAGCAGGAGGGCAACGCCUUGUUCAGGAAGGAGCGCCUCAGCGCCGCCAUCGACGCCUACACAGGGGCCAUCACUCUCUGCCCAAAUGUUGCAGUAUAUUGGACCAACCGAGCACUUUGCUAUAAGAAGCGGAGUGAGUGGGCUAAGGUUGAGGAAGAUUGUAGAAGGGCUAUCCAGCUUGACAGCCAAUCUGUUAAGGGACAUUACAUGCUUGGCCUAGCACUUGUCAACAGCCAAAGAUUAUCUGAAGGAAUCAAAGCACUGGAGAAGUCCUUGGAGCUUGGAAGGGGUGCACAUCCUGCAAGCUACAUGGUUGAGGAGAUCUGGCAAGAGCUUUCUAAAGCAAAGUACAUCGAAUGGGAAGGCUUAUCAAGAGAGAGAACCUCUCAAUUGCAAAAGCUGAAGGUAGUAUGUAAAGAAGCUCUUAGGAAUUACAACAGCCUUAGUAAUCCCGCUGCUGAUGCACCUGAAGAACAGCUAAAUGAGCUUGAGGAAGUUUUCAAGAAAGCUGCAAAGACUGAUACUCCAGCUGAAGUUCCUGACCAUCUCUGUUGCAAAAUCACACUUGAUAUCUUCAGAGAUCCAGUGAUCACCCCAAGUGGAGUUACUUAUGAGAGGGCUGUACUUCUUGACCAUCUUCAAACGGUGGGGAAGUUCGACCCCUUGACCCGUGAGGCGCUUGAACCACACCAACUAGUUCCAAAUCUUGCCAUCAAGGAAGCUGUACAUGCAUUUUUGAGCGAGCAUGGUUGGGCUUACAAGAUAAGAUGAUCGCUUUACAUAUGGGGUUGGAGGUAAUAUUAGCAAUAGAGAUUUUUGCUAUUUUGGCUUUGACAAUUGGUGGAAACAAAAUUUUACUGUUGGGGGAGAAAUUUUAACCUGGGAUGGCUGUGUACAGAUUCCUCUUCUCCAGUCCAUCUGUCUGUACAUAUGAGAUGCUUGUUAUGAUAUGAAUUUUCAACUGUACACAAUGGUGGCGAAGCAGAAUGUCUGAA